AUGCAAAACACCUUAAAUUGCCUUUCCGGCACUGUUAUCAAUUUGGUAAAUUCGGCUACUGGACGUCAAUUGGGUAAGCUGGAUGUAUACACGCUUUCUGAAUUUAUCAGCAAGGUGACACCUUCGACCCUUAUCACAGCUCUGAUCUUUGUUGAGAAAUUUCAUGCAAUUGAACCGAAGCCGUUGCUAUUUUCGGAAAUCACCGCAACGGAAUUACUUGUUGUCGCUACAAUGGUAGCUUCGAAGUUCCUUUACGAUACCGAUUCUGAAGAGGCUCUUUGCAACAGUGACUGGGCGAAUGAAUUCGACAUAGAUUUGAAAACAUUGAAUCUCAUGGAGAUUCGGUUUCUGCGAUCUCUUGAUUGGAAGUUAUUUGUCUCAAAAUCUCACAUCGACGAAUUUAUCGCCCGACACCUCGUUAAUGGCGAAAAAGUGUUGGGAGAUGGCACGCGUAAAGUUUCAAUGCUCUGUAAACACCGCAGCCGUUCCUCUUCAGCUUUCCGGAUCCCAGGAACUCCUUUCGAUCGAAACCGUGUGAAAACACGUGCCAGGUGGCAAGUGGCUAAAGCCAUGGCCGUAUUUGCCGCCGCUUUUCUUGCUGUUUCGCAACCACCGACCACGGUGUUUUUGGGUAGUAAUCCAUUGGACCAACUACCAUCGCCUGUUUCUUUCGUCACUCACGGGUUCUCUUCGUCUUUCCCGAACCCGUCCAAUCUGUGCUUUGACCAGCUAACGACUCCUCACUGUGUCUACCUCAACUUCUCUGCGCCACAGCCUCUUCUCUCUCGUGCCAUACAAAACGGGAGCGCUUUUCCGUUUUACCGUGAUUGUUUAUAUCCUGUCUGCUCGACAAUCACCCAACCUUAUUCUACCACGUACAAUCUCAGUUCAAACACGACCCUCUCAUCUGUCGUUGGUGUUGGCUAA